UAAUCAGUCAGCAUUGUGACGGUAUAGGCGUGCGUUGUUUUGGUUUCCGUUAGAGGUUUGAAUUUCAGGCGGCGACGGUUUGGUUUUGGUGUCUUUGGAGACGGCGGCGAUCAACCUUACUCCCUUUCGCUUUGUACGAUGCCGAAGCCGCCCAGACAAAGUGAGGUCCUGGCUGCCUCUGUAGUAAAUAGCAUCACCCAGGCUCUGGCUGACUUGCUAGACUUAUGGAAUGACCUGGGCAUAACGAAAGAAAAGCAGCUGGAGCGUAUGGAGACUGUGAAGGCCCACAUUGAGAAACUGUUGGAAGACAUGAUUGAAGAAGAAAGAAACUUGAAAGAAAAAAUUGAAAAUGACAUUGUAAUGCAGAAGAUGCAGUUGAAUAUAAUUAGAAAAGAACUCAAUCUGGAUUCUUACCAGGUUGAAGAAGGCUUAUCCAUCCUCCAGCUUGAGAGAAAGUUUCGCUUGGCUUUGGAAGCUGCUGUGAAAGAGAAAAGAGAGAGACUGGAGAAGCUGAGACGACUGCAGCAGGAAGAUCAGGCUCUGUGUGCAGAGCUUUGUGCCACUCCCUACUACAUCCCUACAGGACACAUUCCCACUUCCUUGGAGCUGAAAGAACUAGAGGAGCACGUUCAGAGUCUCCUGCAAGUGAAGGAGCAACGGUUGGAAGAGUUCUUAAGACUGAGAAGAGAAAUCAGACGGUAUAAUAAAGAAAUUGGACACCUACCAGAGGGCACACUGGAAGAUGAGAUGCUGCUUGAUGAUGAUGACUAUAUUUGCCUUACAAAGAAAAAUAUUGAAGAUCUCACAUCGCUUGUUUACCAGUUGCAGAUCAAGAAAGACUCCUUGACUGCUACUCUUGAGACAUUGAAGAAAGAAGUGCAGCUUCUGUGGGGCAGACUUCAGUGGUCGCAGGAGCAGCAGGAGGAACAUAAAAGAAUUACAAGCAAACUCUCUAUUUCUGAAGCAUUGAGGAUGUGGGAAGAGCUCUUGCAGAACCUAGAGGUGCAGAAGAAGGAGCAAUUGAAAGAUCUCACUUUGAAAGUCAGGCAGCAGCUUGAUAGUUACUGGCAACAGUGUUUUUAUAGUGAUGAACAGAGAGCUGCAUUUCAGCCUUUUUUCAGUGACAAUUUCACAGAAGACUUGUUGAGUCAGCAUGACCAGGAACUUCUGAAAAUGAAAUCCAUGUUUGAGAACAACAAACUGAUGUACAACGGUGUGCACCAAUGGACAGCCACAUGGGACCGUUUCAUUGAGCUGGAGAAAAAAUCUACAGAUCCCAGCAGACUACUGAACAGAGGGGGUACCUUGCUUAAAGACGAGAGGGAGAGAUCAAAGCUCCAAAGGCAGUUGGUAAAAUUGAGUGAAGACCUCAAGAAAAGCAUUGAAAAUUGGGAAAAAGAAAAUGGUUGUGAUUUCCUUGUCAACAGCAAAAGAUUUUCAGAAACCAUAGACCAUCAGUUGGAACAUCACAAGGUUAAAAAAGAUCACACAAAAAUGUUUAUGAACAAGGAUAAAUCAGCAGUGCCAAAAUCAGCUGUGAAAAGAGCUGCAAGUCCAUCUGCAUCACCUGCCUACAAGUUCCGCAAGGUAAACGGAGGUACUAAUCUAUCUGUACUGAAACCAAGUAAUUGCUGUAAUCUCGCACUCCAAAAUACUCCUGGUGGCAAAAAGCCUGCUCAAAUCAAAACUCCUUCCAAAAGCAUUCCUCUAGAUUCUCAGCACCGACCACCCUUGGAAGAGUGCGAGGAAAGCACACCAGACAGUGAACUUAGCUAUUCAUAUUUUACGAAAGACCUGUCAGUGAAAUCCAGCGGUGGCAGAAUUUUUAAUUCUACGUUCAAGGAGAGCCCCAACUGGUGAAAUGCACUUCGAGGACCAUUGCCUGAAUAAUUUUUUUAAAUUAAGUAUUAAAAAUGCACAUGAUGCCUUUUUUGUAUAUGAAUAAAUAUUAUUUUUCUUGGGGGAAAAACCCACUAAAGUUUCCUGACAACUUUCUAAGGAGAGUAAUGUGAAAAACUGGAAAAGGCUUCUUUUGGAAGAGAACUGGAUCUAAUGAAAAAUGCUCCAUGAAAAGGACUAUCUGAAAACAGCUAGACGAGAGUCCAGUAGCAACUUAGAAGUCAAUAAGAUUUUCAGAGUGGUAUACGCUUGUGAGAACCAAGGCUGCCUUCAUGAGAUACAAGUAGGAAUGAAGAUCUUAGUCCUCAUAUCCCAGCCAGAAGCUGGGAGAGAUAUUGCAGAAAAAGGAGACAGAAAGCUCAUCUACUGCAGACCAACACAGCUACCCUCUGAAACUUCAGGAAAAGAACAAAUUUGCCAAUAUUUUUUCCCGAGGCUAAAAGACACAAGCUGGGUGUUGUGGGUUUUCCAGGUUGUAUGGCCGUGUUCCAGUAGCAUUUUCUCCGUAGGAGAAACUGGAACAUGGCCAUACAACCUGGAAAACACACAACAACCUAGUGAUUCUGGCUGUAAAAGCUUUUGACAAGACAUUUACCUGCCUAAUUGUUUAGAGGGAGGGAUUUUUUCUCCUCUAUUUCUUCAAAUAAGCCAUCUUAUUGAAUUGUAGCACCUCAAACUGCAAGUGAGGUACAGUUGCUAUCAUGGGUGAUUCCUUAACUGUGGAAAAUACUGCUGAGAACUACUUGCAGUGAAGACCGAAGGGUGGACAAUAUUUAAUUGGAACAUUUAAAUAAGGCUUUUUUAAAAACAGCAGUUCCAUACUGUAGAAAAAUGAUUAUGGGCCUCACAAAGAGGGUUCUAUCUGACUCCGCUGUAUACUCCUCUGCUUUCCUUCUUCCUGACAUACGCCACAGUCUCUCCUUUCUCUGCUUCCUUCUCUCUUUCACCUAUCUACCUUUUAGAUGUUUCUUCCCCUACAUCUUCAGCUUUUCCUCCUCUUCCCCUUCAGCCUCUCUCCUUUUUUAUCUACCUGCUUAUUUUUUUCAGUUUUACCAUCCUCCCUUCUUCCUUCCACCCAUCUUUUACCCUUUUCAAUCAUGUUUCCUUCCCCUCCCACACACAUUACCAAGGCAUAGCAGCUCGUUGCCUAGCAGCUCCCAAAAUGGCCCCUGAGAGCUCUCCGCAUAAUCUUGUGAGAGUUUCAGUAGCAUUAUUAUAGUAUCUGGCAGACUUUGCUUCUGUGACUCCGAGGGUUUUAAUCUCUGCAAUGUGUUUUUUAAUGUCAGAUUUUUUUGCAAACCUGGGUCUUCUCCCAACUUUGUAUAAAAAUCUCACAACUGUCCCUGACCACACUGUAAGUUUUUUGGUCGGUACUCUAGAGCCAGGCUCAGAAUUGGAUAUAUGCAGAUAGAAGAAAAUGGCAGCUGCUACAGGCGGAACUUUCUGAGAGUGGUAAACCUCCUUGGGAUCCUAUAACCAUUUCCUUUGUGCUUAUUCCUUUAUAUCCCACCUAUCUCCCCCAGUGGGGUCUUGAAGCAGCUUUACAUUGUUCUCUCCAUUUUGAAGAGUGUCGGGAUUUUGGCCAGAUCGGUUUUCAGCUGCUGCCGUUCUUUUAGCACCGUACAAUGAAUUCAGAGGACCCACCCAUCUCUGGACUAGGGCAGUGGAAUGGACAGAGCAGUUUGAUACCUUUUAUUUUAAUUUUUUAAAAUUAUAAUAGCUUUGUAAAUUAUAGUUUAUAUAUUAUAUGUAGAAGGUUAUUUUUAACUGAUUGUACUUUUCUGGUUGUUAGCCACACUGAGACUAUAGUCAGGAAAGGGCAGGAUAUAGGUAUAAAUACUUUCUCCCCGGCUUUGCUAAAAUACAUUGCCAUUCUAGUUAAAGUUGCAUGGCUCCUAUUUUUUCAAUAUGACCAAACACAAAGCUAAUUGAAUGACUGCAAGGCUCAUCACUUAAAUAGUUUUGAUAAGUUAAAAUGCUCCAAUUGAACUGGGGGGACAGUUCAAAGAAAAAAUAGUUUAAACAAAGGCAGUUAAGUAUGAACAAGGGGUCUUAUUUUUAAGUCCACAGAUUUGUAUUGCUUUUGCUUAUUUUGGGGACCUCAUGCCUUGUAUAGGUAAUUUCUGUUAGUAAAGUGAGCUGCACUGUCA